AUGGCUUUCAGCUUUGGAUUUUCAGGCGACGACAUAGAAGAGGAUCCAAACGAUGAUGUGCCUCAGACGCAUGAGAUGAGUGUGCCGGGGCCACAUGUGCCGCCUCCAAUCGUGGCCAGAGCACAUGACCUAGAUGAGAUGCUCGCCAGCCUCCCCGACAAACUCUCCUUCUCCACCAUCACCCUCACCUCCCCCAAAGGCCACACCACGCGCCUCCCGCGCCGCGAGAUUUUCGACGUGCGUGUGCAGCUCAUGGCCGAAGACGACGGGUCGCAAGCCAACGUCCUCGCGGGCCUCGAGAACACGGACCUGCAAACCAACGUCUACGAAGGCGGCUAUAAAACCUGGGAAUGCAGUCUGGAUCUCGUCAAGUUCCUGCUGGACCGCGGGCCGCGCAAGGACCUCGAUGACAUGGUGCGGGUGAACCACGUUGUGGAGCUGGGCUGCGGCAGCGCGGUGCCGAGUCUGCUUCUCUUCCAGUACGCCUUGACGAAUCAGCUGGGCAUGAUGUUCACGCUGGCAGACUACAACGAGCACGUCGUGCGCCUCGUGACCCUGCCCAACCUCGUUCUCGCGUGGGCCGCUGCUCUGCCGCCCUCGGACUCGACGGCGUUGUUCCCAGACGGCAAUCCGCUCCUCGACGCCGACGAGGAGCACGGCGAUUUGUAUCUCACGCCCGACAUCCUCGCGGCGUUCACGCGGCAACUCCAGUCCACUGGCAUUUCGUUGAAUUUCCUCUCCGGCUCCUGGACCCCGACGACGACGUUCCUCGACUUGGUUCCUAGCGCACCGGAACUGAACACGUUUAUCCUCGGGUCCGAGACGAUCUACUCCCCGGCGUCGUUGGGUGCAUUCGCGGAGACGAUUAUUGCGCUGAUGAAGCGGGUGAAGACGGGCAAGGCGGUGGUGGCGGCAAAGAGGGUGUAUUUCGGGGUUGGGGGGAGUGUGGAUGCGUUCAGGCAGGAGUGUGCGGAGAGAGGGGCUGUGGCGUACGAGAUGGAUUUUGAGGGGUUGGAGAGCGGGGGCGUAAGGAGGUGUUUGCUGGAGGUGCAGAUGUGCUGA